AUGACUGAAGCUCGAAGAAAUAUACCUUCGUUUACUACUGUUACGUCAACAUUCAAGUCUUAUAUUUUCUCAUUGCCACUAUUGACAACUACGAUUGCUUGCGUAGCAAUUGUAUUGUAUACAGUCAGCGCUUUCUUGUUUAGUACAACACCCAUAUUCAAUGCACUUUGUCUUAAGCCGAGUGAUUUUUUUGAUGGACAAGUGUGGCGUCUCUUGACAUAUCCUUAUUCACACAAUUCUCUUGGACAAUUACUUUUUAAUCUUUUGGUAUUUUUGCCAUUGAGUACGGGAAUUGAACAUACAAUUGGCACCGUUGAGUAUUCUUAUGUGUUGAUCACUAUUUUCACUGUACUAUCGGGUUCUCUUUACUUGCUGGGCUCGUUGAUUUUCCAAUACAAAGACGAAGGAAUAGGAGGGUUGAGUACUUGGGUAUUUGGUGUUGUUGUAUGGGAAAGCAGGGAAUUGGCUGGAAGCGAGCGAGAGGUUCCGUCUCAUUUUUAUCCACUUGUGUUGUUGCUGGUGGAAAUCAUGUUAGAAACUAAAUGGAUUGCCAGUUAUCUAUGCGGGCUAUUUGUUGGCUAUUUUUACGCUUUUGGAUAUCUUCCUCGAAUAUUGCCAUCUUCCAGCUUUUUCGCAAAUCUCGAAUCCAAACCGCCUUUAUCCAAUCUUGUAAAUUUUCGUGGAUUUAUCAAGGCUGAGAAUGGUAGAAGAGGCGGGUGGUGGUUACCACUUUGGAAUGAUGAUUCUGUUGAGGACCCUCUAGAGUCUCCUAUUAAUAAUACCAGUAAUGCGGAUGAACAAAAUCAGACUGAUACAAUACAAGUCGCUCGUUCAUCUUCGCCUGAUCUACAUUCAACACCGGUUUUCGUGGUACCGUCAAGUAAUACUACUCGAUCAAACUCACCAACACCGGAAAAUGUACCUUUAACAGCAGUCCCAACGACGGGGGAUCCAAAUUCUAAUGAAAAGAAUUGA